AAUAAUUCCUAUAUUCUCUAAACUGUGUGUUAGUAUUAUACUAGGAAAAGCUGACAAAGUAUGAACUACCACUGGCAUUAGCAUAAAACAGAUGACACAAGAUACAUGUUCAUCUGCCAGGAGAACACAUUUGUUUUGCACAUCAAAACCUUUGGACUGGAAGAAAGUGAAUACACAUUUUCGAAUGCUAUGUAGUUGUCACUGCAAAAAAACUAACUGCAUAGCAGAGGAGAUUUUGGUCCUAAAACAUAAAAUGGGGAGAGUCCAAAUAGAAGAUUUUGUAGCUGGAUACCUUGGAGGGGCUGCUAGUGUUAUUGUGGGACACCCCUUGGAUACUGUUAAGGCUCGACUACAAGCUGGUCAAGGAUAUGGAUCUACAUUUAACUGUAUUCAAACAAUUUACAGGAAUGAAAGUGUUGCUGGAUUCUUUAAAGGAAUGUCCUUCCCUUUGGCUACCAUUGCAAUUUAUAACUCAGUAGUAUUUGGUGUAUUCAGCAAUGCGCAGAGAUUUAUUAGUCAAUAUCGAGAUACAAGUCGAAGACAUCCUCCAGAUCUUAUAGAUGUGACUUUUGCAAGCAUGUUAGCUGGAUGUGUUUCAGUGGGAAUUGGUGGACCAGUUGACCUUGUAAAGAUAAAACUGCAAAUGCAAACUCAAUGUGCUUCUUCAGAGGUUGUAUCACUGACUCAAAAUACAUCCAUACAUCAUUAUAAAAGAACCUACAAAGGUCCAGUACAUUGCGUGAACUGCAUCCUGAGGAAGGAAGGCCUUUUGGGGAUGUAUCGUGGAGCAGGAGCAAUGCUUCUGAGGGACAUUCCAGGAUAUUGCUUGUACUUUAUACCCUACAUAUAUUUAAGCGAAUGGCUGAAAUUAGAUCGUCACACAACGCCAAGUGCUUUGUCUGUGUGGCUGGCAGGUGGCAUUGCAGGAGCUAUUUCCUGGGGCACUGCUACUCCAAUGGAUGUAAUAAAGAGUCGUCUUCAAGCAGACAGUCUGUAUAACAGAAAAUACAGAGGAGUCAAAGACUGCAUUAAGCAAAGUUACUCUAAUGAAGGCAUUCAGGUAUUUUUCAGGGGAAUCACAGUAAAUGCCAUACGAGGCUUUCCAAUGAGUGCUGCAAUGUUUUUGACCUAUGAACUUUCAUUACGAGCCCUGAAGACAAGCAAGGAAUCAAAUUAAACACAUUUUCAAAAAAGUUAUAUUUUUAAGCUUGAUUUUGUUUCUUUUUUUACAUUUGUUAUAAUAACAGUAGAUUGAAGAAAUGUCAUAUGACUUGUGUAAUUAAAAAAGAGAAUAAUUAGAGUCUGCUCUGUUAUUAAUAGCAGCAUGAAAACUCAUACUACUUACCACAAAGAUAAAAGAUAGUGAAAAGGGAAAGAAGCCUUUGAGCUGCUGCGUAACAUAAAUGAGGUCAAGAUUUUAAUCAAACUCCUGCCAUUUGUGUCAUGAGAUAUCAGAAGUGUACGAUGCUAUUGUUCCAUUUCAUUGUGUACUGCCAAAACGACUACAUUUGUGAAAUGUGUGGGCUAAUACUUUUUUGCAUCAUUUGUUUUUGCUCCUUAUUUGAUGUUUCGAAGAGGAUGGUCUGAGAAGCAUCAUAAAAGAAAAAUAGAAAAAUACUGUUCUUCACCAAUAAUUCCAGAAAGGUUUUGUUGCUGAGCUACUUGACCAGAUAUUCACAUGAGCAUAUCAGAUACAACUGCAUUGUAACAAAAUGAUUAAUUUGUAUCAAAAGGUUAUAUGUAUUUUAUAAUUAGUCAGGAUUACAGUAAAUCCAAGAGUUUUCUGGGAGGAACACACUCAUGACCUAUUUUUAGGACAGGCCAUUAAUGUUUGGUCGAUCUCUGAUACCUGGACCAGUUA